AUGGCCGAAAGAAACGUUGGGAGGAAUGAUGAGGCUCUUGCUGCAGCUAUGCAGGAAAUGGCUCAGGCGUUCCAGAACCCACCCAAUGCUGACGAAAACGUGGGGUCUCGUAGUCUGGCGACGUUUCAGAGGGAGAACCCGCCUACUUUUCUGGGUAGGUAUGAUCCUGAAGGAGCCUUGGCUUGGUUGAAGGAGAUUGAAAGAAUCUUCAGAGUGAUGGAUUGCACUCUUGUGCAAAAGAUCCGUUAUGGAACUCAUAAGCUGUCAGGUGAAGCCGAUGAUUGGUGGGUGGACACUCGUCUAAGGUUGGAAACUGCGGGCGAGGAGAUUACUUGGGAAGUGUUUCGUAGAGAAUUUCUAAGGAAGUAUUAUCCAGAAGAUGUGCGAGGAAAGAAAGAGAUUGAAUUCCUCGAGUUGAAGCAAGGGAACUUGUCAGUCACGGAGUAUGCUGCUAAGUUCACUGAAUUGGCUAAGUUCUAUCCUCACUAUGAUGGAGCCAAUGCCGAAUUCUCUAAGUGCGUCAAGUUUGAAAAUGGAUUGCAUCCGGAAAUUAAGAAAGCUGCGGGAUAUCAAAAGAUUCGCGUCUUUGUGGAUCUGAUUGAUAGUUGUAAAAUCUUUGAAGAGGACAACAAUGCACACUAUAAGAUCUUGUCUGAGAAGAGAGGAAGAGGCCAUCACAGCCGUGGUAAGCCAUAUGAAACUCCGGUUGGAAAAGGGAAACAGAAAGUGAUUCCGGGUCGAAGAACAAGUGGGGGAGAUGCUCCUGCUAAUGUUAUCUGUUUCAAGUGUGGAAAGCCGGGUCACAAGAGUAAUGUGUGUAGGCUUGGUGAAACGAGAUGUUUCCGUUGUGGUAUGCCGGGACAUGUGGCUCGUGAUUGUAAGCAGAAGGAUGUUGUUUGCUUUAACUGUGGAGAGUCAGGCUGUAAUUGCGGACUUGCCGGUGGUGUGCAAUUUCCUAAAGUUUUUCCCGAUGAGAUUCCUAGUGCACCGCCAGAAAGAGAAGUUGAGUUCACUAUUGACCUUGUACCGUGUACUAGACCCAUCUCUAUGGUGCCGUAUAGGAUGUCAACAUCAGAGUUGGCUGAACUGAAGAGUCAGCUAGAGGAUUUGCUUGAAAGGAAGUUUGUGAGACCUAGUGUAUCACCUUGGGGAGCUCCAGUUUUGCUGGUGAAAAAAAAAAGACGGAAGCAUGCGACUUUGUAUUGA